UGACGUCGCCUGUUGCCACGUCAUCAGCCGCUCCGUUACCACCAACAACAUCCAACAUGGCGGCGUCUGUCCGGGAGAAGCAGACAGUUGCUUUAAAGCGAAUGCUGAACUUCAACGCUCCUCCUCUGAAGAACACAGCAGCUGAGCCAGUAUGGAAGGUUUUGAUCUACGACCGGUUUGGUCAGGACAUCAUCUCCCCGCUGCUGUCUGUCAAAGAACUCAGAGAUAUGGGAAUCACUCUCCAUCUGCUGCUCCACUCCGACAGAGAUCCGAUUCCAGACGUUCCAGCUGUUUACUUUGUGAUGCCCACGGAGGAGAACAUCGACAGGAUCUGUCAGGACCUGAGGAACCAGCUGUACGAGUCGUACUACCUGAACUUCAUCUCAGCCAUCAGUAGAAGUAAACUGGAGGACAUCGCCAGCGCCGCUCUGGCCGCUAACGCCGUCAGCCUCGUCACCAAGGUGUUCGAUCAGUACCUGAACUUCAUCACUCUGGAGGACGACAUGUUCAUCCUCUGUCACCAGAACAAGGAGCUCAUCUCCUACCACGCCAUCAACAGAGCCGACCUCCAGGACACGGACAUGGAGGCCAUCAUGGACACCAUCGUGGACAGUCUGUUCUGUUUCUUUGUCACUCUGGGUGCUGUGCCGAUCAUCAGAUGUCCUCGAGGAAACGCAGCAGAGAUGGUGGCCGUGAAACUGGACAAGAAGCUCAGAGAGAACCUGCGUGACGCCAGAAACAGUCUGUUCACCGGAGACAGUAUGGCAGCCGGACAGUUCAGCUUCCAGAGGCCUCUGUUCGUCCUUGCUGACCGUAACGUGGACAUGGCCACGCCCCUCCACCACACCUGGACCUAUCAGGCGCUGAUCCACGACGUGCUGGACUUCCAUCUGAACAGGGUGAUGAUGGAGGAGGGCGCAGGGGCGGAGCCAUCGCCGGCGGGCGCCAGACCAAAGAAGAAGAGCAGGAAGACCUACGAUCUGACGGCUGCUGACAAGUUCUGGCAGAAACACAAGGGCAGUCCGUUCCCAGAGGUGGCCGAGUCAGUUCAGGAGGAGCUGGAUACGUACCGAGCCCAGGAGGAUGAAGUCAAACGCCUGAAGAGCAUCAUGGGUUUGGAAGGAGAAGAUGAAGGAGCCAUCAGCAUGUUGUCAGACAACACAGCAAAACUCACCUCCGCCAUGAGCUCUCUGCCGGAGCUGCUGGAGAAGAAAAGGCUGAUUGACCUGCACACCAAUGUUGCCACCGCAGUGCUCGACCACAUCAAGAGUCGAAAACUGGACGUUUACUUUGAGUAUGAAGAGAAACUGAUGAGCAAGUCGACUUUAGACAAAUCUCUGCUGGACAUCAUCAGUGACCCCGACGCUGGGACAUCUGAAGAUAAAAUGAGACUCUUCCUGAUCUUCUACAUCACUGCUCAGCUGGCUCCUUCAGAGUCAGACCUGGAGCAGUAUAAAAAGGCUUUGACGGACGCAGGCUGCGACCUUUCACCUCUAAACUACAUCAAACAGUGGAAGGCGUUCACUAAAAUGGCUGCAACACCCGCCAACUACGGCAACAGUGGAGUCAAACCCAUGGGACUUUUCUCCAGAGUGAUGAAUACUGGCUCUCAGUUCGUCAUGGAGGGAGUGAAAAACCUGGUUCUCAAACAACAUAACCUUCCGGUCACUCGGAUCCUGGACAACCUGAUGGAGAUGAAAUCUCAUCCUGAAACAGACGACUAUCGAUACUUCGACCCAAAGAUGCUGCGAGGCAGCGAGAGCUCCAUUCCCAGGAACAAAAACCCGUUUCAGGAGGCCAUUGUGUUCGUGGUCGGAGGAGGAAACUACAUCGAGUACCAGAACCUGGUGGAUUACACAAAGUCCAAACAGGGAAAGAAGGUCAUUUACGGAUGCAGUGAACUUUUCAACGCUGCUCAGUUCAUCAAACAGCUCUCUCAGCUCGGCCAGAAGUGACCUGGACUCUGACCUGUGAAUCUUCUCAUCUCUGACCUCUUUAUUCCACUUUGUUUUUUAUCGACUAAACUUCCUGUUUUCUCUGUAACUUCCUGUUUCUUUCUCUCAGCUCUAAUAAAACUCUCGACUCAC